UGUCGCGCCAGGCCCCCGCUAGCGGCUAGCCAAGCAAGCAGCAAGCAGUCGCAAUCCCGUCGCCUAACCAGCAUCGCUCGCCUUACCUUUUCACCCUCUUACAAAAUCGCAUCGAGGCUUCCGUCAGCUGCAUAUAUUUGUCCCGUUCCAUCAGCCGGUCCCUCCGACGUCGUUCGUCGUCGCCAUCGCCGCCAGCACCGCCGUCGUCUUUGCCGUCGCCGUCGCCGCUGCUGCUACUGCCGUCGUCAUCGUCGCACACGCAGUACGUGGUCGUUAUUGCUCUCGCAAUCGUCGUCCAGUCGCGCGUGGUUUUUCGCAGCGGUUUUAUUAAAGGGAAAGCGCGAGCGAAUAUAAAAAGCGGAACUCUCGUGAUCGAGUAAGCUGAUUAUGAUUUGGAACAGUGCAGCAGGUCAGUACGUAUCCGGACCAGCGUUGUUAAAGUGAGAACAAGUUUUUCGUGUUUUUUGUGUCGCGAUCCAGCUGAUCGGCUGGAAACAUUCGAGUGAGAUUAGCAGAAGAAGGAUAGUAUUAUUUUCGUCGUGUCUCUCACCUCGUUCAUAGUGAAAAACAUAGCUAGUGCAGCAUCUCGAGGAAGAAGAGAUAUUAAAACGGAGCUCGUAUGUCACACGUUCAGAGAACAAACCGUGCCACCAUUGAUACAAGUGCUGACAAAUAAGAUAUUGCAUAUAUCUAUUUUGGUGUGUUGUUCGUUACCACAGUGAGAAGUUGCAAGUUCUGAAGAACCAGCGAGAACUCACCGACCGCCUAACCUGUCACGGUGACCGACAUCACGGCGAGGUCGCGGCUGAUACCUCCGCGUGUUCCGGUGCAAGAACAGCAGAAUCGGAGUUCGACCGCGGGAGGAACCAGGAGUGCGCCGAAUAAAUGACGUAAAUCCAAGGAACGGAAACGCAACGUCACUCGCUAACUCGCAAAAUCCCCCCUUCCCCCACCGAACCUCCCCCCUUUCUGUCUUUCUCUUCUACCGUUUCCACGUCUCUCCUCUCCCGCCCCUUGUUACCCUGACCCGACACACCACGACCCGACCCCUGAACCUUUUACGAUCCACGACCGGACCUUUACCGCUUUGUCGCCUACCGCCUUCUUUCGUGCUUACUCUCGAACCUGCCCCUACUUCUCUUAUUUCUCUCGUCGGACCAAGACCGGCUCCCUUCCACGAUUCCGGAGUAAACCGCCACUUCUCUCGUCCCCCCUCGAAGAGACACAGCCGUGGCCUAGGGGCGACCCUUUCGAAAAAUUCGAGAGCAGCCUUUCCAGCUCCGUUUCUCUUACGGUCCGCUGCUACUACUACUAUUACUACUAUUACCUCCUCGGAGUCGUUCCUGCUCGUCCAGUAGACCCUACACACGAGACACGCGUUAGCUUCAGAACGGGCUUGAAGGACAUCACGACUGGCUUUUUUGAGACACACAUAUAUAUCUGUAAUAAAACUCCAACGCAGCAACAGCCCAGCCUAUAUAUCGAAAACGAAAAAUCAACGCGCCUAAAGAGCGACUCACCUCGUGGUCGACGUUCAGCUUCUCGAAAAGCUUCCAAGCUUUGCUCGACUACUAUUCUCUCUGGUUGCUAAGUGCGCCCUUUAGAGUUCUCCGACUGCAUCACGCGAAGAUAACGAGGAAGAAUAAGGAAUUGGUAGAGAGAAUCGGGCGAGACGGAUCGACGAUUGAUGGCGCUAUUUUCUUCCUCGAAGAGAAGCGACUCGGCCGUGACAGAAACCAGCAUCGUCUAAAGAUCGGACCCAGAGCCUAAUUGCAGUCGUUAUACACGCGUGCAUCGUCACGUCGCUGUUUCACUUUCUUUCACAGUGGCAUUUCGCGUCUCCAUCGCGAGCCAAAGGACGCGCAACAUAAUUUCCUUCCACUGGUAUAAUCACCGUCGCUCCGAUCGCUGAACGGGUAAAACACAUCAUUUAAUUUCAAUCAAGUCUCGAACAACGGCAUUGGUAAAAAGAGAAACGGACGAGAAGUUCUCGCUCUCCAUUCUUUGCUAACCGCUAACGGGCAAAUAGCAACUAGCUGCGCUAAGUUACGACUAACGCUGCGAUUAAUAACAACUGCGUUUGAUAAAGAAGAGCAAGGCGAUAACGGUGUGUGAUUCUCAACGGUCUAAAAAUAGCUUAGAAUCGGCCGUAACCUGGCGCUGACAAUCGUGAGCCUUUUACACACACGGUGUUCGAUAAAUACACGACAACGAAUAGUAGACAACUAAAAGAAAUAUAGGAGAGAAGAAAUUCGGAACAGCGUAUUAAACGACGGUUCGACCUCGCGUUGAAGGAAUUAGAAAUAUCAUUGUUCGUUAUCGGCCGGUUUACGCGUGUUUUACGUGAUUCAACGACACGGAAGAUAGUCUUAGUUCUGGAAGAUCUGCAGCUCGCGUUCAUGGGACAAUAAGAUUGCACCCAACUCAAAGAAACACUUCUUGCGAAAGAUCAGCGGGUGCGAAGUGAACAGCCUACUAAACAGGCUACGCGGAGAGAACGCAGCAUCCGAAAACGAGAGCAGAGGGGAUAAAUUGAAAUCGGUAGAAAAGCCGUACAUUGUGUUAUCCCGCCGAAGGAAGGAGGUCCUACAUACCGUCUUCCAGGACUUGGAAUUAUGGCAAUGGUCAACAUGAAUAACCUACUGAACGGCAAGGACUCCCGAUGGUUGCAGCUAGAGGUUUGCAGGGAGUUCCAGCGCAACAAGUGCACCAGGCCCGACACGGAGUGCAAGUUUGCCCAUCCACCAGCUAAUGUCGAGGUGCAGAACGGACGGGUCACCGCUUGCUACGACAGUAUCAAGGUAAGUCUGGCAUACAUUAUAUGUAUAUACCGCGCGGAACGUAGGGGCGGUAUCUCGCAGGAGUUCGCAAGGAGGAGGACGGGGGUGAACACAACAGGUCGCGAUAAUGCGGCAAUUAACACGGAAAACUGGCAAGUUUCGGGCGGAAUCGCGAUGUUCCCUCACGUUGGCUCACGAAACAGGUACGGGCGAAAUGAAAAAAGAAGGAAGAGUAGAGGUGGGGUUCGGAGAGGGAAAAAAAAAUUGGGGAGAAAAGUUGGUUUCGAGCCGGCGAGCCACUUAGGAGGACAGUUUCGUGUAACGACGUUACGUGUGGAACGCGCGAAAAGUCGUUAACGACAGUUUAAGCCCCGCCCG